UCACGUGUGUGCAGAUCACGUGACGGCGGCUGCGAUGGCCGAGGAGGAGCGGUCGCUGCUGGGUUCCGUCGGUGGUGACGAUGGCGGCGGUUCUGCGGAGCCCGUCCGUUCCCUGCCCUCCGCCUGCGACCCGCGGUGCUUGCCGCACCGGCUCAUUGUCCUCACGCUCAUGUGCUUCCUGGGCUUCGGCAGCUACUUCUGCUACGACAAUCCAGCGGCUCUCCAAACGCAGGUUCAACGGGAUAUGAAGGUGAACACAGCUCAGUUCAUGGCACUCUAUGCCUGGUAUUCCUGGCCUAAUGUGGUUCUCUGCUUCUUUGGAGGUUUUCUGAUAGACAGAGCUUUUGGAAUACGGUUGGGCACUAUAAUAUUUAGUAUCUUCGUUUGUGCUGGGCAGGUAGUUUUUGCUUUGGGAGCACUCCUUAAUACUUUCUGGCUGAUGGAUGCAGGCAGAUUCAUUUUCGGAAUAGGUGGAGAGUCCUUAGCAGUGGCACAAAACACGUAUGCAGUCAGCUGGUUUAAAGGCAAGGAGUUAAAUCUUGUGUUUGGAUUACAGCUAAGCAUGGCCAGAAUUGGAAGCACAGUGAACAUGAAUAUCAUGGGAUGGAUAUACUCUAGAGUUCGAGCUCUUCUGGGGUAUACUGGUCCCAGUACUCUUGGGUUAACUCUCAUGAUAGGUGGCGUAACAUGUCUCUUUUCACUGAUGUGUGCAUUAAUCCUUGCUUAUCUGGACAAGAGAGCAGAGAAGCUCCUUUCUAAAGAGCAAGGGAAAACAGGUGAAGUGAUUAAGCUAACUGAUGUGAAGGACUUCUCUUUGUCCUUGUGGCUUAUAUUUGUAAUCUGUGUCUGUUACUAUGCAGCAGUUUUUCCUUUCAUUGGACUUGGAAAGGUUUUCUUUAUUGAGAAAUUCAAAUUCUCACCUCAAGAAGCAAGUGCAAUUAACAGUAUUGUGUAUAUUAUAUCGGCACCCAUGUCACCAGUCUUUGGACUCCUGGUGGAUAAACUUGGGAAGAAUAUCAUCUGGGUUUUAUGUGCUGUAAUAACUACACUAGCUUCUCAUAUUAUGUUGGCUUUUACCUUCUGGAACCCCUGGAUAGCAAUGUGUUUGCUAGGAGUGGCGUACUCACUGCUUGCCUGUGCCCUGUGGCCCAUGGUGGCCUUUGUUGUUCCAGAACACCAGUUGGGAACUGCUUAUGGCUUCAUGCAGUCCAUCCAGAAUCUCGGUCUGGCAAUUAUUGCUAUAGCAGCAGGGAUGAUUCUGGACACAAGAGGAUACUUGUUUCUUGAAGUCUUCUUCAGUGCUUGUGUUUGCUUGUCACUAAUAGCUGUAGUCAUGCUGUAUUUUGUGAACCACCUUACAGGUGGUGAUCUCAACUGGUCUGCGAAGAAAAGGGAAAAACUGCAAAAAGCAGCUGCAGCUGAAAAAUAAAGAAAGUGACACUUCAGAAUAGUAACUUGCAAAGUUCUCUUCCUUGGUCUUGACAAAACAUGGGUGACGUGUUAAAGGUCCUUUGCUGUGCAUAGCCCUAACUGCUGGAAUGGAGUAGUAUUGCUUUUUAAGUGUUGCUUGAUCAAACAUGAAGGUAUCAGUCCCUUGCUGUUGGGAUAGCUCCUAAGUUUAUCCGCUCUGCACAGUAGAAAGUAUACUUGUUUCUUUUUUUUUUUUUUUGCUAUCUGAGAAUGCUAAAUGAGGGUAAAGCUCUUGAUGCAUAUGGACUGCUGUACAAGGGAGUCAAGGGUUUCAGAAUAAUUGCCUUGUAUCAGGGGAAGAGGAAGGGAAAAGCAUUGUAUGGCAAAGUCCAUUCAGAUGUCACCUUAAAGGUGAAACAAAAGAUUCUUCUGCUCCAGUUUCUCCAUUAUGUACUUAACAUAUGUACUUAAUUAUGUAUUGGUGGAAAAGGACCUGGGGGUGCUGACGGCCACUGAACAUGAGCCAGUUUGUGCCCAGGCAGCCAAGAAGGCCAACAGCACCCUGGCCUGUAUCAAAAAUGGCGUGGCCAGCAGGGCCAGGGCAGUGAUCGUCCCCCUGCACUCAGCACUUUGAUGCCACACCUUGAAUACUGUCUUCGGUUCUGGGCCCCUCGCUGCAAGAGAGACACUGAGGUGCUGGAGCAUAUUCAGAGAAGGGCAGCAAAGCUGGUGAAGGGCCUGAAGCACAAGUCUGAUGAGGAAUGGCUAAGGGAACUGGGGUUGACUUGAAACAAAAAUCAAAACGCCUGUCAGUAAGGUCUAGUUAGGUGACUUGUGGGGUUUAAUGUGAAUUUUUUUUUUUUUGUCCUAAUUUGUGGGCUUUUUAUACAGUAGUCUUGAGGAAAACUCAAGGAAACUAAAACCUCACCAGACCUGGUGAGUGUCCUAGCUUAGUUGUGAUGAACGUCAUCCUCGAGUAAAAAGGUCACAGGCAGUUUUUAAUGCAAAUGCACCAACAAACCCCAAAGCCUUGCACCCAGGAGGAGUUCUCUGU